AAAAAUGAUGUGCCCCCCAUUUUUCUUCUAGUCAUGCCUACCGUAAUAGUCUAAUUUUUCCUUGAAAAAUUCGAUUAAAAAUGGUGAUCUAUUGCGGUCAAAGAGUGAAAAACAUACUGGAAAAUUAGUUUUUUCUAGUUUCCAGAUGAAUAUAUUUUAUAUAAGUAUCGAAAAGUACUUUCAUCGAGCAUUUACUAUAACUAAGUUUAUUAUUUCUUGAGAUAUUUUUAUUUGCCUUUGCAAAAUAAUGAUUAUGUUGUACGAAUGUCUCCAAAAUAUGCUUUCCCAAAUGGUCUCAUAACGAUUUGACUAGCUUUUGUCAAUGUUCUAUUUGUGUGUCAGUGAUUUAUCCUUCAGUGAAAAGAUCUAAGACUCAAUAGCUUGAUGCUCUAGCAAUUUCAUUUUCUUCAAGAAUUGUCGUAAAAUGAGCUUAAUAGAAUUGCUUUAAAGCCUUUUUUUACCCUGAUACAUAUGAUGUAUGAUAGAGUUGUUAUUGUUUUGGGAAAAAGGAAACCCAAAGUGAGUUGAAACAUUUUCAUAUGUAGAUGGAGAUAAGCAGAAAGUUCUUUGCAUUUUGAUGAUAAUGUGGUUAGGAAUUGUUAAUAUUGAUUUGGAUUGAUUUCGGAUGACCUGAUACACGGUUUGAUUCCUUUGCAGGAUUUAGGUUGGGAUGUUUCAAAAAUGAAGUAAUUCCACGCAUGUAUGUGUUAGUAUGUUGAAUAUAUCCAAAUAUUUGCAUAGUAAAUGAGUUGACUAGAUUACAGAAAAACCGCAGAACCAACAAGUAAUGAAAGGACGAAUGAUUGUGAAUUUAGCAAGUAGUGGGGUUUCAGGAGUAUAAAUGUAGGAUUUCUUUUUCUUUGUUAUACAUAUAAACCAUAUAAGUCUGUCUAAAUGACUUGAGAAGACGACAAUCGGGAUUUAACGGCUUUAUAAUUGGAAAUAUCUUUUUCUUUUGCUUGUCAUAUUGUCAGUAUUCCCAGUUAAUUUGGAUAUUGUUUAUUAUAUAGUAUGACCUAAAUGAGGAAUUUGCACUUUUAAAUGGACGCUAUUUGUUAUCACCGUCUAUGGUAUAUAAAAUGAUUUCCUGAAUUUUAGCAAUAUUAUUGAUUCAACCGACCAAGGUUAACUAUAUUCACUAUACAAAAUUUCCUUGUUUUAAUCAAAAUAAUUUUAUUAGAAAUGAUUUAUAUGCUAUUGUAAAAUUUCUGUAAAGUGAAUUGUUAACAUAUAUAAAAAAAUGUGAUUUCGAAAGUAUUUCUCUCUUACUGGUUGUCCAUUCACUUAAAAGUGAUACGUGGUACAAACUUACAAACAUUUUCGGAAAUGAACUUGAUAGAAAUCUAUUUUCUAUUAGUUACAAUAAUAACUUCAGGAGUUAUAUUAUUGAUAAUUUUUGUUCCUAAAGCUAUUGGGAAAAUGUGUAAAAGUAAAAUAUGUUUAAUGGGAAAGACUGCCGUAGUAACGGGCGGAAGUUUCGGUAUAGGAUAUGAAAUAGUAUUAGGCCUCGCACAACGAGGCUGUAGAGUAAUUGUAGCAGAUAAAAUAGUUAACAAUGAUAUCAAAAAUAGAAUAAUUCAAGAGACAAACAGCACAGAAAUAUAUUUAGAAUAUGUGGACUUGGCUUCUUUCCAUUCUGUUAGAAGUUUUGCUGAUAGGCUCAAGAAAAAAGAAGAAAAAGUGGAUAUUCUAAUACACAAUGCUGGCAUCGGACCAUGCAGUGGAGCUAUAAGUGAAGAUGGUUUGAACAUAACCAUGCAAGUUAAUUAUUAUAGUCCUUUCUUGCUCACACAUUUACUUGUUGGAUUAAUGAAAAGUUCUCAAUCGGCUCGUUUGAUAUUUUGCAGUUCGCUAAUCGUCUCGGCUUUUUUAAAUAUAUUUAUAAUUGGAAGAAAACUGGAGCAGGUUUUUGGUGACUACAAGUUAUCAAAGUUUUGUUUACUAGUAGCUUCGGAUAUUUUCGCCGAAAAACUACGACAAUACAAUAUCACAUCGAAUGCUUUCCAUCCAGGAGCAGUACAUACUCAAAUUCAUUAUCAAUUUUUCAAACACAAUUUUUUUACUAUAUGUAAUAAAAUCCUGGGGCCAUUGAUUUUUAAGACUCCUGAAGUUGGGGCACAGACGGCAAUAUACUUAGCAUGUGCUAAUGAGGUCCAAAACAUAACGGGCACUUUCUUUGGUGACUUAAUGCCAGCUUGUAAACCUAAAGAUAUCUCAAACAAAACAUUGUGCGAAACCAUUUGGAAAGGAUCAGAAAAAGUAGUGAAGUUGAAAAAAGAUGAAUUAUUGUUAUAAUUAUUGACAUUGGGAAUAUAAGCAAGGAAAGGCUCUUGGUAAUUGGUUGAAAUAAAAAAUUUGACUUUGUAUAAACUGUACGAAUGGAAAUUGUUCGGUUAAAUUAAAUUUGAUAUAAUAAAUUUAUCCAAUUUUUCAAUUCUCAGACCUAUAUAUUUUUACUGGAAUAGAUAAUAUCAUCAUAGCUCGUAUGUUUUUUCAAAUUCUCAAUGAAAUAAGAAACUGCAUAUUCUUCUAAAACCAGAUGUUAUUAUUCGAGACAAGAUUGGCAAACAUCUUUGUUGGGUAUUUACUAAUGAGAUCAACGAUAUGAAAUAUUUUAUUUCAAAUUUAGAGCUAAAUAAGAUGAAUUAUUUUUCCAGCUCAAACGUUACCUUUCCUCAUUUAGUACUGAUUUUGCUUACUAAAAUGCCAGUAAUUUUAGAUGUUUUUAAAAACAUUGCCAUUUUACAGAAUUAUAUUAAUCAAUAGAUCACCUUAAGCAUGAGCAUCAAAAUAAAAAUCUGUUUUAACCAGAACAAAAAAAUAAUUUAUCUCUAGUUGUUACGUUUCAAGAUAUGUAGCAGCCAUCAAUUGAAUUAUGAUUGAGUUAUAAUAUAAUUAUAAAUGGAAAAAUCAAUUGUUUCUUUUUUUUAAACUACUUUUCUAUAGAUGUAUCAAGGAAAACAUAUGAAAAGAUCUAAGUAGUAAAAGGUUAAUGAAAUCAUAAUUGAACCACUUGUAUUGAUUCGAAUCAACGUCUUGGAAACUAAUUGAAUGCAACAGGUUUGUCAAGACAUAGUCAUAAUUCACAAUACAAUUUUUUAUCUCGUUUUGUUUGAUGAAAUGGAAUAAUUUCGAAUUAUUAUAAAAAUCAUGAAAUUAUUAUUUCAGGAAAUUAUUAUUCAUCUUAUAUUCUGGAAGACGCUAUUAAACUUCUGUGCUACAGAAAUCGUAAAAAGAUCGCCUCUAGAGCUUGGCUUUGUGACAUUUCCUGAAGUUGAAAAGCCCCGAUUUGUUUUAUUUAACAUGACCAAAGUGGAGGAAGUGAAGUCGCCAGAAAAAGAUUUUCAUGAUUUUACAUCAAGAACGCCUCUUAUUCCCAAGGUUUCACAUAUAAGUCAAUGGAUACAAGGUGAAGUUAAACAUCAUGCCUUCAUACCUCCGCAUCUUCAAAAUAUCUUCAUGCCAGUUGUGAUUUCUAUUAAGGAACCACUAGCAGCUGUGCACUAAUUUUAUCCGGAUAUUAUUGGUGGAUAUGGCCUUGGCCAUCAUUCAGGAGGGCAAGGAGCUGGGCAUGGCUAUCAAAUUAUUUUCAAUUAAAAUUCAAUAUAAUAUUCUGUAAUUCAUAUUAUAAUAAACGUAAGGUAAAUAUUAUAUCAUUUGAUAGCGGUACACUGCAGAAGCAGAUGAAGAACAACAAGAAAUUACGUCAGAUAAGAACAACCUGAUAAUUAUUGAAAACCAAAAUAAAUUUGAUUUUGAAUUUAUGAAAAAAGAAACCACAUAAUUAAUAAAAUUAAAUUUUAAAG